UUGAUGGAAUCUGCCACGUACUGCUUUCAUAACCUUACAUAAAUCACAACAUGCAAUAAUAAAAGGCCAUGAAGCAACCAUUCAGUAUUCACAACACACAAACCAAAGGAUUCAUAAAAUUAAGAGAGAAUGGCAAAGAGCAAGGAUGAUAUCGAGUAUGGGACUUCACAGGCAAAGCUUAAUGAAGAUGAAGUUUUAAGGGUGGCUUACAAGCAUGGCACCCCUCUUUAAGGUGGGAAGAUAGCAGAUUCUGAAACUGUUGAUCUCUUUUCCAGUGCCCAAAAUAUUCCUAAUAAGGGAACUCAUGAUGAUGAUGAUGAUCAUCCUCAAUAUUCUACCAACCAAACUCAGCAACACCGUGGAGAAGAUGUCACGGAUCCCUCUACCAACACCACCAUCAAACCUAGCGGAAACAUGUCCAAAAAUACACCACCGGUACUUCAUCAUAAAUGAAGAUCUCUUAACAGUUUUAUCGAGCCACUUAUGUAACAAUCUAUUUGUCUCAUUUGUUACAUGACUUAUUUAGUUUAAUAACUAUCGUUUGUUACAUGA